AUGAUGCCCGCCGCGCAACGAAAGUCAAACGCCAUCACGUGCCAGCGCUCCUUCCGAUUGUGCUCGCGCGAUUCGGAAAGCGCGUCUGAUUGCGUCUGGUGCACGCAUUUUUCCGUCACGCUUCCACGCCGAGAACACAGUAUGCUGCCAACGCCGUGGGUCUGCCGCAGCUGUCUCACGCGCAUUGCAAGGCCGUUGACACGACGCCUAUUACGUCAUCAGUCUACAACUGCCACUUCAGAGUCAAUACCACCUGCUCUCCUCUCUCGAGCUCGCAACAUUGCCUUUGAGCACAGAAGCCUCGCAGAAAAGCUCGCCAAUGGCUUCGACACGAAAUCUGCGAAAAAGUUGGGCGAGUACAGCUCCAUUGUGAAUGCUUUGGAGAGGUGGGACAAAGCCAACGAGUCUGUCACAGAGCUCACCUCGCUGAUACACGACUCGACGACGGACCCUGAGCUACGCGAGCUCGCCGCCGACGACCUCGCAGAGACGCGCACCGACCUCGUCAACGCCUCCCAGAGCCUCGUCACCUCGCUCGUGCCGGUGCAUCCGUUCGCACAUCUCCCGUGUCUGAUCGAGAUACGGCCAGGCGCUGGAGGAUCCGAGGCCGCCAUUUUCGCCGGCGACCUGUUCCGCAUGUACCAAGCCUUCUGCAACCGCAACAACCUUCGGACGAGCAUUGUGAAGUAUGAAAACAUCAACGGCACCGGUGAGGCCGGCGUCCCGCUCUCUGAAGCCAUCUUCGAGGUCGAGAACGAGAACGCGUAUGGUAUCUUCAGAUGCGAGGCAGGUGUGCACCGCGUCCAACGAGUGCCAGCUACCGAGACUAAGGGGAGGACACAUACCAGCGCAGCCUCGGUCCACGUGCUGCCUAGUCUGCAAGAGAACGCAGCAGCGCAAGAAGACUUUGACGACCCCGAGAGCGACUACUACAUCGACAUCAAAGAGGUCAGGCAGGAAGUCAUGAGAGCCAGUGGAGCUGGUGGCCAGCACGUCAACAAGACCGAAUCGGCCGUUCGACUCACCCACAUACCGACCAACACAGUAGUCGCAAUGCAGGACUCGCGAUCUCAGUCGAAGAACAAGGAAAAGGCCUGGGCACUGCUUCGCUCCCGCAUCGCCCAGGCAAGACGUGAAAAGCGCGAAGACGAGAUCGUGGCAAUGCGUCGAAGCGUCAUCGGUGUGGCUAAGAUGGGCCGUGGAGAUAAGAUACGAACGUACAACUACGGACAACAACGAGUUACCGACCACAGGAGCGGCACCACGGUACACGAUCUCGACGAUGUGAUGGCUGGCGGUCAGACGCUCGAAAAGGUCAUGGACAGCGUCCGCAGCUGGCUCAUGGAACGAGACGUUGAAGGUUUGAUCGCUGAAGAGGGCGCGACCAAGUGA